GCCCCCGAGGCGGCCGCAGACCUGGACUGGGGCUCUUUGUCAGACAACUCGCGCCAGGCAAUCAAGCAAUGGGUGGCAGGCCAGCUGGGAGGCCGGCAUUGCAUGCUGGUUUUGGAGCAAGGUUGCGCAGAGACGCUGCUGCUUCCGUCGGCAUCAGAGACGCUCGCCACGUCCGACCUCCGGGGAGGCGCCGUGCUGAACGUGCUCUCGGGGCUCUUUGCCGAGGGCGGCCUGCUGAACCCGAGCUCCGGCAGCGGCCUCUUCCAGGCCGUCUUCUCCAAGCAUCCCCUGCAGGUCCUCGAAGAGGCGCUGGAGCAGUGCCUGCGGGAAAUCGGCGACCCGCGCGUGGAGCGCGUGUCGGACCUCUCACCGGACCAGGUGAACCUCGCCCUGAAGCAGAUGUCGAUGAAGGCUCAAUUCGCCAGCUGUACGACACCAGGUGCGGAUGCAGCGGCGGUCUCCGCUUCGAGCGACGAGUGCACUAAAGUUCAGGCGAACCCAGCUAGCUCUGGACCCAAGGUCUCAGAACAGCCAAACAAGGAGAAGCGAUGUACCAAGGACAG